UCUCUCUCUCUCUCUCUCUCUCUCUCUCUCCGUGUCCUACACACACACACACAUCCUGGGAGCUUCCAGAAGGCCAGGGACAGCUGGGUCGCUUAGCUGUUGUUCUACUUGCCUUUCUCGGACGUUGUGUUUUGGACGACUGCUCUCUGGAGCGCUGCGUGGAGUGUGUCAGCCAGGGUAAGCGACACGGUGAAAUAUUGAUGAGGCGACAAGUGUGAUCCUCACCCCCACAGGCCUCGCCCUCCUGGCCACAUGCACGCUACGGUGAGGGGGUGUCGAUGCCCCCAAGACCACCUGCACCACGGACACCAGCACUGAUCCAGUAAAGCCCACUCCUCCCAGCGGGGGAGGGGGUGAGCGAGCGGAGGGGGGGCAGGGAGAAUCGCCCCUCUUCUACCGAGAGCUGUGGUUCAUCUGUGUGAUGGCGGGUGUGGCCCUGCUCCUCCUGGCCCUCCUCCUGGCCCUCAUCCUCCACAAGGCCCUGAACAAACCCCCCUUCACCCGAGAGCGCCCCCCUCUGGCUGCCUUGCCCCUGCAGAAGAGGAUCCCCAUGUUUGAAACGGUGCCUGAUACGACUAACGCAUCCAACAGUGUCACUCUCAAAGGGUUCACUAUGCAUCUAGAGGGGGUACUGGACAGCAAGCUGGGGCUGGGAGGACACGGACCUGCGGAGGCAGACCUGGGGAUCUUCAGCGUGUCCUCUCUCCAUGCCCUGCCCCCGGACCCUUCCCAGAAUUCCCUGCGGCGCAGCGUGAGCCAGCUGAUAGACAGGAAGUCCCUGACUGAGGACGAGGAAGUGUGGGACCCCCACGUCCACGGACAUGACAGUGGGAUGUUCAUGGAGGACGAGGAGUUCGUCGACACGAUCAAAGGGUUCAGCACGGUGAGGAAGGAACACACCAUGUUUACCGACACUAACCUUUGACCUUCGAAGGACUCCUGGAUCUCACCCUCGACCUUGACGGCAGGUGGCAACGAGCUACGAGAAGCAUCACACCUUAGUGGUUAGAGGGGAUGAACACUGACCUACUUCAGACGGUUAAGAUGAGGCGUCUGCAGUGACGUCGUUAAUAACAUUAAGAGUUGUGUCAUCAUUGACCAUCUGUACUGGAGCGAUUCCUGAAACUUCCAACACUUAACAGGGUCGACAUAUAGGAGAGAUGGGAGGCGUGUGGCUCAGUGGGGUGUUUGGCGACAGAUCAAGAGGUUCCCCUCUGUAUGUUUGCAUGAAAGUGUCUGUGAACAAUUAUAGUCAUCAUUUAUUAAUUUAAGAUGGCAUGCAAACUUGACAUGCUUGUUGCGUAGACAGCUGGUUUCAUGGUAUUGACAGUAUUAUUGCUACAUACAUACAAUUAAGAUGUCUGUUUCAGUCGUCAUUCACGUUAAAGAUUUAUAAAUGUCUCAGGCAUGUUACUUUUAUCCAUGAUGAAGGAAAACGUUGUCAUGCAUGAUCUUAAAUGUUUUAAUAUGUUUAUGAUCACUUUUUGUACAAAAUCUCUAUCAAGUGCAGAGAUGGGAAGUAAGAAAAUACUUUCUUACUGUACUUAAGUUUCAAGCAGAGAAGCAGAGAAGACCUCUGAUUUUCUCACGAUUUCAAAGCCUAAUUUAACAUGCUUGUCGGUGGUGUUUUUUUCAUUCGAAUUCGGAUGUGUAGUUAACAACACAUUCUUCUGUGGUGUGAUGAAACUAAUUUUCAAUUCCACUUUACAGGAUCUUUAAUACCGCGUUUGAUUCUGGCCUGGGCCAU